GGUCCAACUGACUUCCGACAUAGUCGCCACCCAUCUCCGCCUCUCCUUGGCGCGAGAAUUUCUCCCGACGUGCCGCGCGCGCGCGCCACCUCUAAUCCCGUCCCCUUCGUCGCGCGCCCCUCACCAGCAUCGGUAACCUCUCGGCCCCGGCGAUCGAUCUCCUUUCUCCUUCCCGCCGCCAUCCCCCAAUCCUGCGACCAAUUUCCCCUCGCAGCUCACCCGCCGCAGCCCGUCCCGUCGGCCAGCUCCUCCCCCGGCCCCAGAUCCGUCUCUGCCCAAUCCCGGCCACACCUGCCGCUGACCGUCGAUCGGAAGCUCCUCCUCCCGUCGGCCACGUGCCUGCUCUUCCGUUGAGUCCCCCGCCGCUGACCGGCCGAGACAAGCACAGGCUGCCCUGCAAUGGAUGUGGCAAAUGAUGCAUGCCCAUCACCUAAACUACAUACGAGACUGAGGCUGUGGGAGUUUGCAGACCAUUAUGUAUUUGAGCCAGUUGAUGGUCUUGCUGACUUAUACCUGUCAGUAAGCCGGCCCAAAGGAUCUAUGAAUCUAGUGGAAGAGUUGCCACCGCGUGGUCCCUCUACGAAUCCAAAAGUUCGGAUAGUGUUUGGUGUGAUAGGAGUGCUCAACCUUUCAGUUGGGUCAUAUUGUCUGGUGAUCACUGACCGUGAUUGUGUUGGAUCCUACUUGGGACAUGCAGUUUUCAAAGUGACAGGACUGAAAGUUCUGCCUUGCAAUAACUCGCAUAGCACUUCUGCCGAACAGAAAAAAAUGGAGAAAGAAUUUUCAGCACUCCUGGAUGCUGCAGAGAGGAGUAUAGGCCUGUACUUCUCCUACGAGACCAACUUAACACUGACUUCACAGAGGCUUUAUGAUUUGGGGGACAAGUUCAAGGCACUUCCACUUUGGAGACAGGCAGAACCAAGAUUUCUAUGGAAUGGUUACUUGUUGGAGCCUCUAAUUGAGAACAAACUGGACCAAUACUUAUUACCAGUCAUUCAAGGAAGUUUUCAGAAUAUACAUGCAGAAGUUGGGUCAGAUAAGGUAAAUGUGACCAUGAUUGCACGCAGGUGCACACGAAGGAUAGGUACAAGGUGUUGGAGACGAGGCGCUGAUCCAGAGGGCUAUGCAGCAAAUUUUGUUGAAUCAGAGCAGAUAAUGCAAUCCAAAGGAUUUACAGCAUCGUAUGUACAAGUUCGAGGUUCUAUGCCGUUUCUGUGGGAGCAGAUAGUUGAUUUGACAUAUAAGCCUAGUUUUGAUGUUAUUAGAGUAGAGGAGGCGGCGUGUGUUCUUGAGCGACACUUCCAUGAUUUACAAAAGAAAUAUGGAGCUGUUGUGGCUAUCGAUCUUGUUAAUACAACUGGUGGUGAAGGCCGCCUCUAUGAAAGAUAUGCAAAAUCGAUUGAGCCUAUCCUCAGCGAAGAUAUAAGAUUCGUGCAUUUUGACUUCCAUAAGAUCUGUGGUCAUAUUCAUUUUGAGCGCCUUUCUCAGUUGUAUGAUCAAAUUGAGGAUUACCUUAAGAAGCAUAAGUACUUUCUUUUGAAUGAUGAAGGCAAGACAAUGGAGGAGCAGACUGGCACUGUCAGAACAAAUUGUGUCGAUUGUUUAGAUCGUACUAAUGUAACUCAGAGCAUGGUUGGGAGAAAAAUUCUGGAAAGCCAGCUCCAACGAUUAGGUGUUCUUAGUGCUAACAGUACAAUCAGUGAUUAUCCAGCUUUUGAUGCAGAUUACAAAGUUUUGUGGGCUAAUCAUGGAGAUGCAAUAAGCACCCAGUACUCUGGUACUCCUGCUUUGAAGGGAGAUUUUGUCCGGUACGGAAAAAGAACUACCCAGGGAAUUUUCAAUGACCUGUGGAAUGCACUUGAGAGAUACUACUUGAACAACUUUGCAGAUGGUACAAAGCAGGAUGCGAUGGAUCUUCUUCAAGGACAUUACAUAUCCUCUCUUAGUCGGGACAUUGCAGCUUCAAGCAAAGCAGGACUUAUUGAGAAUUAUGCGUCAUGCCGCCUUGCUUUUGCGUUGAUUGUUGUUGCUGUUAUGUUAAUGAUGAUGUCACUUCGACAAGCCCGAAAUGAUCUUCGCCAUUUGGUGUUAGCACUUCUGUGGGCCGGUCUUUGCAUUGGCAUCGUACGAUUUGUCAAAAUCAAUGGUCGUAAGUUCACCAACCGACCUCGUUUUCACCUGUCACGCCAUUGAUGUGCAUGGAUACGAUUUGCAUGUCCAGUGAUCCUGGUAGCUUAUCACCAGAUCUUUCAGCAUCUUCUGUUGUGUGAAGAUUUGUUCAUGGUAUUUUUUUGUAGGGCACUUGCCCUCCCCAUUUGUUUUUCGAGUUCUAUGCUCUUGUUUUCCCUUCCCAAUUUUGUAUUUAGUUCUGUUUCCAACUUACCACAAUUUUGUCCACCUUUCCACAAUUUUGUCUCCAGAUUCUGUUCAGCCCUCACCAUGGAGAUUUGUGUGCCAUGGUUUCUUAAUUCAUCGUAGUUGUAAAACCCGAUUAAUGGUGAUAUAAUAGCAGUUAACUGUUGACAUGCUCUACCAUUUGAUAGUUAAUUUACCUCAACCAGUCGUUAUUAUCCUUCCCAUACUUUUUCCCAAUGAAGGAAUGGAUUGUAAUUCAUAAACCUUUUCUGUUUCCCAUAUAACUGUUAUUUUCUUAUUUUGGAUUAUUCUUUUCUUUACUCUUAUAAUUCUUCCCCAUGAAGGAAUGUAAUGUAGUAAA